UUCAUAUUUAUAUCAAUGUUAAAGUAAAAGGAAAAGGUCAAGACUGCAAUUCCCUCGGAGAAUAAAUGUCAAGGACACGAAAUUAGGUGAAGGUGCACAAGCGAGUGUUUUAACGUGUUUAGAGAACAGACUCGAUCAGUUUCAUUAUUGCGUGGCCCUCGUGAACAUCAUAACAUUUACAUGUUCGCAAUAAUAAAAAUUUAAAUGAGUGUAAUUAAUAGAAAGUCCAGGGAAAACUAUGUCUGUCGCAUCAAUUUCGGAACAUUUAACUGAAGUUGCAGGUGAUAAGAUUUAUAUGACGGAAAACAGUACGUCAAUCGAUACAGCCUUUACGGGGGAAAUUUGUAUAAUAUUGGAAAAUAUAAAAGAAACGAAAGCAAUUGGUAAAUCUUGCGGAUUUCAUUUAACAAGAUCAAAGUGGGAUCCUUAUCCGUGGAUAAGCCAUAUCGAAACCGGGAGUAUUGCCGAUCAUGCUGGACUUAGAGCUGGAGAUUGUUUAAUUAGUAUCGAUGGAAAGGACAUAAUAGGAUUAAAAGUAAAACAAAUAGCGGCUUUAAUCCAUAAUUAUGAGGGAUGUGAUUUAAAAUUAUUUAUUUGGAGAUACAUUAACGAAGGAGAAAAUGAAACAGGAAUAGCUGUGAAAGGACCACUGCCUGAAGUGGCCUGUAAACUUGCAAAUGCAGUAGCUGGAGUGACACGAGCUCUGGAAUGCCCAGUUUGUCUGGAAAGCUCACUGCCUCCAGUUUCUCAAUGUGUUCAUGGUCAUAUCAUUUGUGUUGGAUGUAGAUCGAAGACACACCGUUGCCCGAUUUGUAGAGUUAAACUGGGUCAAGGAAGGUGUUUGCUGGCGGAUAAACUUCACAAGUUAUUUCAGGACAUUUUUGACAUAAAAGGCAAUGUAAAUAACAAUGCAGAAUGUCAUACGGGAAAUCUUCAAGAUCGGCUUUUUGGUAAAAACAAGAGGAAAGAAUUAAAACAAACAGCAGAGAAACAUGAUUUUACAAAUGCGAAAACACGUCUAUUAUUAUUAAGCAAAGUAUUUCGCGGUGGAUUGGAGAAAGCUGCUUCAGCGGAUAAUUUAACAAUAGUUUCCAAUGAAAAGCCAAAUGCAAAUACUGCAGCUGUAAAUUUAAAUCCUGAUGAACAUGCAAGUUUGUAUGAUCGAACAAAAUCUGCAAGUACUGGAGAAUUGUCAAAAGAGACUAUGAAAGAUGUUGACAAUCAUUUGCAAACUGAUGCAACUGUUACCUUAAUAUCAAGUAGUAAUAGUUUAAUGUCAAAUGUAUCUCCCACACCAAUUUGGGGAGGCUCUAUAGAUUCUAUAACCUGUACCCAAAUAAUGUGUCCUCUUUCAAGGCAAAGUGGAUGUAAAAGUAUUAUUACACCUGAUACAGUAUUGGAACAUUUGAGUGGAAUUCAUGAACUACCACAAGUUCAUUUUUAUUCUAUUUGCGCUAAACUUCCAGUACCUCUUCCAUUUGGUUCAAAAGCUGUUUACAUAUUACACUGUGGUGAAGAUCUCUUUUUCUUUCAGCGUGAAGAUGAAAUUGUUUGGAUCAGUAGUACCAGAGGGGGGAAAAUACCAUGGGAAUGGACUCUAUAUGGUAAAGGGCAGAAUGGUACUGAGAUAAAAAUGCGUAGAAGUGUUGCAAGUCUUAUGAAUCCUAUGAUGUUAACAUCCCAACACAUUGCCCCCUUACCAAAUGCUUUGUUAUUGUACACAUUGGACAUUCAACUAAUAGAAUGUCAUUCAAAUGAACAGUUAGAGAUAUAGAAUAUACAUAAAAGCUAUUAAAAAUUAAAAAGUACAUUAUAUUCUAGUGUAAAAGAUAUACAGUAUCACAAUAUUAUUAAUAUAUAUAUAUAUAUUACGGUGCAUUACAGAAUGAACUAUAAAAAAGCAUAGUCAUCUAUUAAGAUCAACAUGCAGUAACAAAUGAAAUUAUUAAAAUAUACAUUAUUAACUUUGUAAAAUAUAUAAAUAGAUAGCAUAUUAUAAAAC